AUGUUUAACCCUCAAUUCCUUUUGCUAUUCCUUCUCUUCCUCUCCUUCCUCUUCAUCAUCCCUUCUCCCAAACACCUCCAAAUCUCCCUCCCCGACGAGCUCGACGACGUCGCCCUCUUCCGCCGCGCCACUCUCGCCGCCCUCGACGCCGUCUCCGCCAAAUCCAAAUCCAAAUCCAGCCCCAAGAUCGCCUUCCUCUUCCUCACCAACACCGACCUCUACAACAUCUACGUCCACGCCGACCCCUCCGCCGCCGUCGCCCCGACACUUCAAAGUUAUCUUUCCAAUAGCCGCUUCAUCGCUGCCAAGAAGACCCAGCGCGCCUCCCCCACUCUCAUCUCUGCUGCCCGUCGCCUCCUCGCUACCGCUCUUCUUGACGACCCUGCUAAUUCGUAUUUCGCCCUCGUCUCUCAGCAUUGCAUCCCCUUGCAUUCCUUCACCUACAUGUACGAUUUCCUCUUCCGCCACCCUGUCCCCGGCCCGCGCCUGCCCUCGUCUCUUCCGCUCUACCGCAGCUUCAUCGAAGUCUCAUCCAUCAAGCCCAAGCUAUGGGACAGGUAUGCGGCUCGAGGGAAAGACGUGAUGCUGCCGGAGGUGCCGUUCAACCGGUUCCGGGCAGGGUCACAGUUCUUCACGGUGACAAGGCAGCACGCGGAGGUGGUGGUGAGGGACCGGAGGCUGUGGAGGAAAUUUAAGCUGUCGUGCUACAAUAUGAACUCGUGCUACCCGGAGGAGCACUAUUUUCCGACGCUUCUGUCAAUGGAGGAUCUGGAUGGGUGCACCGGGUAUACGCUCACCCGGGUUAACUGGACCGGGAGCGUUGGCGGCCAUCCCCACACCUACGGAGGGGCGGAGGUGUCACCGCUCCUCAUCCACCAGCUGCGCCAAUCAAAUUCCACCACCUAUUCAUUCAUGUUUGCCCGUAAAUUCUCGCCGGAUUGCUUGCAGCCCUUGCUACGUCUCGCUAACCUCAUCUUCACCGACUGA